ACCUCAGCACCUGGUUAUUACCCUUGUGAAUGAGUUUGCCAACAUGAAACUAGAAGAUAUUGCAAAGAAAACAGUUGGAAAAAGGAUAUUUGUUGGUUGGCCUUUUCUCCAAGAAGCUUUCGUGCAGGCUAUUUCCGAUGAACUUUUCAGAUAUGAAUUGGCAAAUUUGAAUGUUCAGAGACAAGAUGUUAGAAAUACCCAAACUAUUAAGAAUCCUCAAGUCAUUAAGAAUCCCCAUAGACAGGAUGUACUUGAACAUUGGCGUCGGAAGGCUGAUAAAUUGGAACAAAAUUACAGCAAGAGAUAUGGAACUAUCACGGGAACUGUGGAGGUCAUAGCUCAUGUUUUAAUGCUAAAAGGUUUAAGGAGGCUGAGCAAUGGUGCAUUGGUAAAGGAAUAUGCAAAUGCUAAUGAAGAAAUGGAUUACGCAAUCCAAACAACUGUGAACAGCGUUGAAUGUGAAGACCCCCGAUUUGAAGAAAAACCGGCGACUCAAAUAGCAGAGGAAUUUCCGAUACAUACCCAAGUUUUCUUUCUUGGUAGUCCAUAUUAUGGUUGUCCAGGAUUAGUUGUCAAAAAUGCUAAAAGAAAUUUGGCAGUAAAAUUGAUUAUUGAUAUAAAUAAUAGUAGCAUGGAGCCUGAUUUCGGAAAAAAAAUUGCGAAUGAUUUUGAUAGUCGUGUGAAAUAUUAUCCUUCCUUUCAGGUUGCAAAAAGGUUAAGCAUGAGUGGUCUAACAUUGAGCAAAUUAACUGCUAGCUUAUAUGUUAUUUGUAAGUCAACUGAUCAACGGGUCAACCUUGGACUUAAUUUAAAAUUUGAAGCAAAAAAACAAAAAGUAUUGGGAUAUACAAGAAAGUCACGAGAUUCUGGGUGGGAAUAUAGUGAGAAGGCGAUACAGAUUUUGGCACAAUAUAAGGAAAAAUUCCCAGAAUUUAUUCAAGCUCUUGAAGAGAAGCAUAAAGAUGAAAUUUAUUCUGCUGAAGAUUUUUAUCCUAAAGAAGAAGCUGUUUCCAAAGUUCAUGCUAUAAAAGAAUGGUUGAGAACUGUUGAAGUGAGAGAUUUUGAAAAAGUGUCAUUAGAUGCCGAACAAUUGGACAAGGAGGCAAUAGCAAAAAUAGAACAAGCAGCAGUUGAAUUUACUAACAAAAAAUUUUUCAAAAGACUUGUUGUUCGAAAAGUUCCAAGAGAUGUAUUAUUGAAACCAGCACACUCUUCAACACGUUUACAAGGACAAAAAUUUAGCCUUGGUGAUCGUGUUGUAUUUGUCCAGGAUUCUGGAAAUGUUCCGAUUGCAGCCAAAGGUACAGUGGUUGGUAUUGAGAGAAACAAUAUUGAUGUGGUUUUUGACGCUUCAUUCAUGAGUGGUUCAACAUUGGGCGAUAGAUGUUCUCCAUAUCGUGGUAUGACUGUACCUGGAUCUGCACUUCUUAACUUAACAGAUAUGCAAUUCAUCGAUCACAGCCGAACAAAUCAUAGCAACGGGAUUAUUGGCUCAAGAUCAAUAA